AAAUCAAGGUGAAGGAGAAAGAGGGAGGGAAGCCCAUCUCUUGCGCCGACCUAAGCUAUACAGGGCAUCUCAUUACAUAAAGGUCUGCAUAUUAAUUAGUUUAAGAUGCCUUGGGAUGGAUUCCUUCAGAGAGCCAAAGGUCUCUGCUAAUAUGAGAGUUUUCUUCAGAAGUCGAAGGUCUGCUGCUGCGAUGGAAGAGGGAAGGGCACGCGAGGGAACCACAGCGUACACACAGCUUUUUGACAGAUUGAAAAAGCUGAAUUUGGUCAAACCCGCCAAUAUUUGGCUGAAACGCCAUUUACCAAUGGGCCUGUUUGGCAAUCGGGGGUUAGCGGUUAGUGGAUUGAGUCAGCGGGUUCUAAACAGCUUAUUGAGUCGGCGGGUUUGACCGGCGG